CAUAUUUAUACGAAAACAAAAAUAUUCAAAUCACAGGUUUAGAAUGUUUAAAUUCCUAUAAAUCGCGUUGGUGAAAACCCGGAAAAAUUCAAAGAGAUUCCCAUGAAGUGUCCCGGUGCCGUUGCUAGAGGGAGCAGUAGCUCGGUUUCCGCGCGCUUUGACGCUCGAGCCCACCGGGGAACGGAGAACCGGGUGAGAACGAGAGACGCCUUGUUCUGGACUGGCCUGGUUUAGGCGCCGAUGCUCGGGGGUCGUAACAGAUUGACAUUUCGUUUAACAAACACAACUCGCGGCAUAUUUCUGUGCGAGUGGAUACGGUAGCUCCCCGGAACACGAUCUACUGCGUGUCGUGAUGAAAGCUACGUAUUGAAGAGAUCAAUACAACCUUGGAUCGACCAGAGGCUGGCCAGAAGAGAGAGAUGCUGGAGGCUGACGUGGAGUCCUCGGGUACAGAGUUGGCUCUAGAGCUGCAGGCUGAAAUGGAGAUGGGGAGCGGGGAUCUGAAUGCGGAGGUGCUGCGGCUCUCCCUGGAGCUCCAGGAGGCCACAGAUCAGAAGCUGCAGGCGGCCCGCUAUGGCCUGGUGGUGCUGGAGGAAAGCUCUGCCCUAAAGACCAAGCACAGGCAGCUGGAGGAAGAGCAUGAGGCACUCAGACAGGAGCUACAGCAGCUCAAAGAGGCCUUCACAGACUCUGUCAGCAGUCAGAAGCGCGCAGCUGCAGAUGGAGAGUGCCGGGAGGAGAAUCUCAUGCAGGAGACGGCUACUAAGGAGGCUGCCAUGGCAACCCGCUUGGAGGAGGUCCAGGCGGAAUUGAAGCAGGCCCGUCUGGCUCUGGGUAAUGCCCAUGCUGAAAUCGAUAGGAUCGGGGGGCUCGCUGGACAUCUGAAGAAGGAGUCUGAGUGUCUGGAGGCGGAGAAGGACCACCUGCGGGACGAGAUGAAGGAGUACAAGGUGCGGGAGCUGAGGCAGCUGCAGGACAACUGUGAGCUGGAGGAGGAGAACAUCUCUCUACAGAAGCAAGUGUCGGUGCUCAAGGAGAACCAGGUGGAGUUUGAGGCGGUGAAGCUGGAGCUGACCCAGAAGGACGAGGAGCAGGAGGACCUGCGGGGGCAGCUGGACGAGGCGGCGCGCCUCAAGGAGAUCGCGGAGCGGCAGCUGGAUGAGGCCCUGGAGGCCCUGAAGGAGGAGCGGGAGCAGAAGAACAACCUGAGGAGGGAGCUCUCGGCCCUCUCCCUCAACCCCUUCGACUCGGUGGGCAACCUGGAGCUCCACCUCGACCAGCUGGACGAGAGCCAGGAGGAGGGCCCGGGGGGGCGGGGGGGCGAGGGAGAGGACCAGGACAGCGGCUUUAACAACGGCCCCGGCUCCGCCCCCGAUUCUGCUGACCCUCCUCACUCGGGCGGCUCCAAGACCAACGGCCUCAUCCAGCGCUACUCCACGCCGCGCAGCAGCGACGUCUUCCUCCGCGCGCCCACGUCCGGCCUGGUGUCCGACCUGCUCAGUGAGCUGCACUUCUCGGACAGCCAGAAGCUCAAGCAGCAGCUCCUACAGGUGGAGCGAGAGAAGGCCACACUGGUCAGCACCAUCGAGGAGCUCCAGAUGCAGCUGGUCAUGUCCAAGCAGGCUUUCAGCCAGCAGGAGGACAAGGUGGGCUCGCUGACCCAGCAGCUGGAGGUCAUCCACGGGGGCCAGCAGGGCGGACAGAAAGCCGGCGGCGGCGGGGACAACGAGGCGGAGGACGGCGGCGACUACGACUACGAGCUGGACGUCAAGAGCACGGAGGUGCUGGAGGCCCGCAUGCGCGCCGCCCAGGAGGAGCUGCUGCUGCUGCGGGAGGAGCUGACGCAGGCCGGGGCGCGCUACACCAGCCUGGAGCAGCGCUGCAGGCAGGAGAAGGACCGCUGGCGGGCCGAGGCCCAGGAGCUGGCCGACAAGAUCCGGCAGUGCAUCAAGUCGAGCCGGCAGGACCAGGAGCGCAUCAGCGAGCUGGAGAAGGAGAUCGGCGCCACGCGCAAGGUGGCCACCGACUCGGAGGGCCACCUGAGCGUGGCGCAGGAGGAGCUGCUGGCCUUCUCCGAGGAGCUGUCCAACCUCUACCACCACAUCUGCGUGUGCAACAACCUGACGCCCAAGCGGGUCACCCUGGACUAUUACCGCGACGGCGCCCGGGCCAACGGCGGCGGGGGCAGCGGGCGGCGGGUGCACCACCCCACCCCGGCCCAGCAGGCGCAGAGGAAGCAGCGCUCCAGCGACCUCUUCGGCUCCAAGGCCGCGGCCCUGCAGUUCAUGGGGGAGGUCGACUGCUCGGGGUCCAGCGCGGACCCGGCCAGCUGCCCUGGGACACCCUCACUGGACUUCAGGGACCCCUCCAACGUCCGCAACCUGAUGGCGGUCAUCAGGUGCCAGGUCAAACACCUCCGGGUGGCGGUGGACCUGUGUCGCCAGCGCGGCGCCCUGCCCUGCUCGGCGUUCGGCAACAGCGGGGAGUGCGAAGCUGGCGACGCAGAGACCCUGAUGUAUGAUUUGCUGCUCAAACUGAAGUCUCUGCUCAGCACCAAGAGGGAGCAGAUCGCCACUCUGAGGACCGUGCUCAAGGCUAACAAGCAGUGCCGAGUUGGCGCUGUCCAAUCCUGAAGGAACCAGUAUGAGACGGAGAAGGGCAUGGUGUCGGAGAGCAUGGGGAAGCUGAUGAACGAGCGUCAAGACCCUGAAGUGGACUCCGCCACUUUCUCCCUUCCUGCGGUCAUGUUUCGCCAGCCGUGUGACCAGUACGUCACCCAGCUGGACGAGAUGCAGCGGCAGCUGGCGGCGGCCGAGGACGAGAAGAAGACCCUCAACACGCUGCUGCGCAUGGCCAUCCAGCAGAAGCUGGCCCUCACCCAGCGGCUGGAGGACCUGGAGGCCCCCCGCUCGCCCAACAGCCUCAACAGCAGCCCCCGCCGCUCCCGGGCCAAGGAGCUGGCCACCAAGUCGGGCCGCGCCAGCCGCAGCCCCAGGAACAGCCCGGCGCGGCCCCCCGCGCGGAACAGCCCGCGCGCCAGCCCCGUGUUCGGCAGCAGCGCGGCCAACACGGCCACCAACCAUCUCCGAGCCAUCACCCGCAGCCUCCACACCAGCCCACGCUGACACAGCUCUCAUCACUCCACCACCCGACUCCUCCAUAAGGAGAACCCGUCUUCAUGUUGACCCGACCCAACCUCUCCUCCCUCGGCCACCGCCCCGCCACCGAGACCUCCUGUCGACCACCACCACCACCUCCCCCCUGACCCCCGACCCCCACACUCCCCUCCAGACAACACCAGACCUUCUGGAUCCAACAAACUGAAACUAAAACCAUCUUGUCAUCCAUCCAUGCCUUCUGUGUCUCCCUCUCCGCCCGGAGCGCGCCUGCGUGCAUGCAGCCCGGCCCCCGCAGUAGGGCGGGGGGGGGACCCCGCUGCUCCCCCUGGCUCUGUGGUGUCUUAACUGUCGCCACACAACCUCCCAUCCCAUCGUCUUGUGUUUUUAAAGAUUGUGUGCUGUGAAGAAGUUCCAUUGACAGUAUUUGUUCUAGGCCGAAUCUUUCCAAUACGAUAUUUAGUUUCCACAAGUAUUUUUCCACAUGGCUUCGUCCCGUCCCAAAUGUACUGUGUUUUAAAGUGAUGUAUAUGCAAGGCUGUGACCUGUUGCCCUAAAACAUCCGGAAACCUUUUGCCUUUAGUGUGGCCUUCUUUGAUUAGGCCUCUCUGUUAUCCAUUUAGUGGGGCUGACCCUCACAACUACUAUGGUUUAGACUCUGUAGCUUUCUAAUAAUGGCAUACACAAAUGUCUAAUGCUUGCAAAAGUCUUGUGGCCCAUCCAUCUUCAGAAUCCUCUUCUGUAUCACGGACCCUGAUACAAAGGUGUCAUAGUGUGAUAUCCAUUUCAGAACCUCUGGCUUCGACCGAUCAGCUACAGCAACCUUUAAAGUUCAGCGAACAGAUCACUUCACUGGGGAGUAUAGCUCAGCCAUAUUGCUACCGCCUCAGGUCAAACACAAAUUAAUCAGGCACCGUGAUUUGAAGAUAUGAUUGGAUCAACAUCCAGCUUACGUUGCCAGCUAUGCAGACAUGUCGGGUCGGUUAUUGUUCAAUGUCAUUCGUUCAGAUUAGAGUGAGCUGUUACUAGUUUACUUAUUUUCUUGCGGUAAAGUUCCAGUACCUUCUUAAAAAAAAAAACUUUAACCAACAUAUCUAAGGGACAUAUCUAUGUGAUUCCAACAAAAUAUCCAGGACUGCAUUAAUUGUGCUUUCAGAUUUCCCCAUUGGCCUGAUUACCAUAAAAUAGAAAGCCCAGUGUGUCUUAAUAGCACAUUGGUAUGAGUCAACAUCCUGUUGGUAUCAUGCACAGUUGAAUUCAUACAUUUGGCACAUACAGGUUCAUAGAAGUCCAACUACUAAUAUGGCAGUUAACUACUAACAGCAGCUGUGUGGCUAGCCUUCAUUCAAAUUAACUCAUUUAAAUAAUGGCUUCUUAUAGGCAUGAUUGGAAACCUUAUAGAUGCAAAUAUGGUUUCCUAUUUAGAUGCUUACUUACAAGAGUAAAGUUUAAGAUCUCCACAGGUUAUAACGUUCUUUGCAACUUCACUCACAUCUGACGGUCCAAUGAAAAUGCUGAGAUUUGUAAUCCAUUUCCAGGACUGAAAUGUGGAUCAGAUAUGGAUCUCCGGUACCAGAAGCAAUGUGAUGUGGAUCUUAAGCAUUAUCUUGUGAAUAGUGGACUUUGUGGGAAGAAUCGAGCUUAAGAAUCACGUUUAAAAUUGAAAAAUCAAUGUAAGAAGGAAAUAUAUUUUCAAUUGUAGAUUAUUAGUGAUUAGAAGAAACCACGUCCUGCUGAUUUUUUAUAAAUCAAAAAUUUGAGUGCCUUGUCUUUUUUUGCUGGCCUCUUUAUCUUGGACUGCUGUCACCUUUUGUAAAGAAUGGCUAUCACGCAAACACUGUAGAAAUUAUUUUUCUUUUUAAUUAGCAAAUUUAUUUGUUUGCUUUUUAGGUAAAAAGGUGGCCAGUCAGCACUGAUUAAGGUGAUACUUGAUUUCGGUAGAAUAUUUUCUAUUAUGUAUAUGCACACACCUUGUAUGAUGAUACGAGUACACAUAAUUUGACUGGGUCCCUGAACUAACCAACUACUGUUUUUAGUUGGUAAUAUUAUUAUAUGGAUUAUGAAGGAUGUAAAUAUGCAACAUUUUAAAAUAUUCUACCAAAAAUUAAUAUCUGAGUAGAAUUUGCAAUGGAAUCCUGUUACUGCUUAUCAAUUCUUGUUGCGAAUGUGAAUAAUUUAUGUAGUUGUAUACAUUUUCAAUUGACAUCUGUAUUUAUGUUUUGUGUAAAUUGUUGCAAUGUCAUUCACAUGCAUCAUCCUUGUAAACCACUUGUCCUGAAAAAAUAAAAUACUGUUCAUGUAAGCUUCCUUUUUAUGUAUUGAUUGUAUUAAGGAGAUUUAGAUAGA